AUGUCAGCAAUUUCUGCAGCGUCUCCUGACUCCGACAUCGAAGAUGUCUCAACACCGACCUACACUCUACCAGUUGGUCCACUCUCCGAUAAACGAGUGAGGGAGAUAAUAGAUAUGUUGCAACAACAUUGCGAGCAGUUGAGAAACAAUAAUUCCAUCCUCCGAAUGGAAAUAGGCGCACUGAAAGCUCAAGCUACUGCUACUACUCGCCGGGGCAGGAAGGCAAAGGCCGCCGCGCCAGAUGCACCUUACUCGCGAGAUGUCAUCCUAUUGAAAGGAAAGCAAUGGCCGGUCAUGGGCUCGCCCUGGCUCCACCAGGACGUGUUCUUGAGGUGGCCUAAUCCCAAUGCACUGGACCCAUUAUCACCCGACCGAUACCUCAACAACGACUCAUAUAUCGAAGGAACGACUAUAGAGCUGCAUGAGUUCUUGGGCUCUGAUGAGCUUUGCCAGCUGGCGGUUGAAUUAGGAAGCUUCAGGGACGACUUCAUUAACGAAGUAAACGCCCAAAGGUCAACGGGGCUGAACACCUCGCGGACCGCAGUGAACAACAUCCUUAGCGAGUUCAACCUACCCAGUACCAUUUGGCUGAGCGCUAGCUAUCCCCAGCGCCAGAACCAUGAAACCCUUUCCGCACUACUAAGAGCACCAGUAGGUACCACCAACCAGAACAGCAAUCCCUUCAGUGCAGUCUUCUUCCCCGGCCAAGUAUAUAAUAUGGCACGUUUAUUCAUGAAUGAAUACCAACCAAAAUUCUUGCACUGCAUUCUUUUUGGACCUUCCUCAAUUAAUGGUGGCAAGUUUGCUGCCCGCAACAAUCUUGUUGGCAUUCGAUGGAACGUAACAGAAGUCAACUCAUCUGCGAUAGCGUUCUCCGCGAUACUGGUUCAAUUUUUGUUGUCGCAAGACGAAAACCUCGAACCUAAAGGCACAAGGUCCAACAUCGAUUACUGGAAGAACUUCAUGACUUUCAAGCAGAUCAUCGACAACGAUAUAUACAUCAAAGGCACUUACGCCCCUGCCUUGUUCAAUUACUAUAAUCGUCGUGUUUUUUCCGGCAUUCGAAGCGUCAUGAGACCUCACGAGGAUGUAACAUCUCAAGAUACAUACGGAGAUGCUGUAGCACAAGCUUUCCAGGAUUUAGCUGUCAGUCGGAACCCAGCACCUGAAUCUGUUCGACGUUCGGAAUCGCCUGAAUCACAUGAUUCAUCUGAACUAUCUGAUCCUGCAAACGAAACUCCCAACCCGACCCCAACUAUCUAUGAAGAAACCGAAUCUGAUUCUGAUUCCAGUAUUACUCUCCCUGCAAACCCUGCCCCUCCUCAUCCUUGCACUGCUCGAGAGGUACACCCAUUGCAUUCAGAUGGAACAGAGAUUUUAGGCGGUGAGCCCCUUCGUACCGGACCACCACAAGCUGGAAGUACUCUUGGCCGUGGUGGCCGUGGCCGUGGUGGUGGUGGCCAUGGCGGACGCAGGGAUCAUAAUAGUCACGACAAAAGUGGAGGUGGUGAUCAGGGCGCCUCUGUCACGCCUGAUACUAUUCCAACACCAGUUCCUGAACCUACAUCUACGACACCUAUGCCUGUGGUGGCGGCUGCUAAGAGACAAACUUUGAAGAGGAAGUAA